AUGUCCGCCCCCGCUGAGACUGCCCCCGUCGUCGUCGACGAGACCAAGGUCGAGGAGCCCGUCGUUGCCGCUCCCGCCGAGACCAAGGUCGAGGAGACCACCGAGGCCCCCGCCGCUACCGCCGAGGCUCCUGCUGCCACCGAGGCUCCCGCCGCUGCCGAGCCCGUCGCCGAGACCAAGGCUGAGGAGGCCACCCCCGUCGCCGCUGCCGAGACUGAGGCCGAGCCUGUCGCUGCCGCCACCGCCGCCGCCCCUGCCACUGAGGAGACCACCGAGGAGGCCGCCAAGGAGGAGGUGACCACCCCCAAGAAGGAGAAGCGCCAGUCGCUCUUCGGCAAGGUCAUCGGCCUCUUCAAGGAGAAGACCGCCAAGAAGGAGAAGGCUCCCAAGGAGGAGGCCGCUGCCCCCGUCGCCGAGACCACUGAGGCUGCUGAGGUCACUGAGGCUAAGGCCGAGGAGACCCCUGCCGUCGCCGAGGAGUCCCCCAAGGUCGAGGAGGCCCCUGCCGCUGCCGCUGCCGCCCCGGCUGAGGCCGCCGCCGAGCCCGUCGAGGCUCCCGCCGUCAUCGAGGCCGCCCCUAUCACUGAGGAGGCCGUCAAGAUCGACGAGGCCGCCAAGAAGCAGGACUCUCCCACUCCCACUCCUGCGCAGCGCGAGAAGCUCGGCCGCCGCCUGAGCGGACGCGUCGGCGCCCUCUUCCACAAGAAGAAGUCGGACGAGGCCAAGCCCGCCGCCGCUGCUGAGGAGGACAAGCAGGAGGAGACCGCCACCGAGGCCGCCCCCGCUGCCGAGGAGAAGGCCGCCGAGACCGAGGAGACGAAGGCCGAGGAGGAGGCCAAGCCCGCUGCCCCUGCCCCCGUCGUUGCCGCCGUCCCCGCUGCCGCACCAGAGGCCUCGGCGCCCGUUGCCGCCGCCGCCUAA